AUGUCAUCUUUAUCACACCCUCACCAUCAAGGAUCCUCUUCAAGUUUACACGACAAGGAAAAGAACAACGAAAGCGAUCACAGCAGCAAGGACACCUCUGAAAAAGAAACGGAAUUAAUUUCUACAGUUGAUCCAGUCAUCAAUGAAUAUUCCAAUGCGAAUUCCAUGAUGCCAUCCGAACACGAAUUUGAUGUAUUUGCCGAUCAUGUCCUCGAGAGUCUUGUACAAGACGACGACGACGACGAGGAUGACAACGACGACAACAUUGAAACAAUCAUUAUCGACCUUUCCUCUUCUCAAGAAAUUACCGUCGGAGUUGGAGGUGAAGAUAUUCCGAGAUGUGUCUUCAAUUUCACCUCACAUCCUAAUGAUUCACUUUCACACCUCAUGGAAAGAGUAUUUUCUGAAAUUUCUACACGUACCACACUCUUGCAAGAAGAAGAGAACAAGGAACAACCAUCAUCUUGUUCACGUGCCAUUCUCAUCAUUGUUUCACCAUUAUCAAGUCGUCAUCUUGCCGACGAGGACUUGACUGUUCGACAAGAAAUGACUGAAAUUAUUUUUCAACGUCGACGAGAUGUGAAAUAUUUAUCCAUUCAAGAUGCUUCGUAUUUGACAUCAUUGGCUUGUUCGAAAUUAAGUGCAAUGGUUGUACAUUUGGGAUAUGAAACCAGUCAUGUAGUGGCAAUUGUAGAUGGACAAGUGAGAAUGGAUUCAUUAAGGGUGAUUGAAAAUGGUGGAAUGAGUGAAAAGAAGUUGAAUGAAGAGUUGGAGAGAAGACUCAAGUUGGUGGAAGGAAAUGAAAAUCUAAACGUUACACAAGAGUUAUUGAAUCAUGUAAAACAAAGUUAUUUAAAACGUUGUAAAAGAAAUGUAUUCGAACAAUGGAAUGGAGAAGAUCAAGUUUCAUGUUCCAAUGACAUGAUCUCUUUCUCGAACAUUCCAUUCGGACAUGAAAUGAUAGAGACAACCAUGGAAGACUUAUUCUUUUCAAAACAAUCACUCCACUCUCUUUCACAACUCAUUUCUGAUUGCAUUUCAUACAUUUCAGAUGAAUCCUUGGACUUGGAGAAUAACAUUAUUGUUUCAGGAAAUGGAUUUAUUCCUCUCAUUGAAAAUUUCCAUGAACGUCUUUCUUCAGAUUUAAGCUCAUUAUUGGGUCAUGAAAUUGUCAUUCGUCAUUCACAUUCACAACAAGUGAGAAAUUUAGCAUGGAUUGGAGCGAGUAUCUUGACAAGUGUACCUGAAUGGGUUUCACCUUUUUGUGUCACUCGAGAGAGUUUUGAACGAGAUGGAGGUUCAUGCAUUUGUACGAAAUCUAAUGAUGUUAUUUAUUCUUCUCUUCUUUAA